ACUUAAAAAUCUUGCCAAUCCUUUAACCUUUAUAUUAACCAUAAAAUGACUACUGAAUCAGACAAUCCUGUAUCAUCAGAGCCUUUUGAUCCUUCUCAAUAUGAUUUGGUUCCAAACAUGCUGCCAUAUCUUGACAAACACUUAAUUUUCCCAUUAUUAGAGUUUUUGCAGCAAAAAAAGAUAUAUUCUCAUGAAGAUCUUCUUAGAGAGAAAUACAAUUUACUGAUUGAAACAUAUAUGACGGAUUAUAUUAUAAAUUUAUUACAGGAAAUGACUAUAGAAGAUCCAAAAUUUAAAAGCCGUAUAGAACUUGAUAAGAAAAAAGAAGAAGAAGAAAAGGAGCUUUUAAGACUUAAGAAAGAGAGCGAGAAAGUUCUUGAGGUUCUUGAAAAUCAUGAAAUAAUUACGUCGUUAAGACAGGAUAAAGCACAAAAUCUUCAAUUUUUGAAAGAUACACAUGGAAUAACUGUUGAAAUGAUUAAUGUUCUGUAUAAACUUGGAAAAUUUCAAUAUAAUUGUGGUAAUUAUACAAAUGCAGUGGAUCUUUUAUAUCACUUUAGAGCUUUAUCAAUGGAUAAUGAGAUGAAUAUAUCUGCAACAUGGGGAAAAUUAGCAUCAGAAAUUUUAACAGUUAAUUGGGAGCGCGCAAUAGAAGAAAUCAGUAAAUUAAAAGAGAUUAUUGAUGCAAAGACUUUUUCAAGUCCCAUUUUUCAACUUAAACAUCGAACAUGGCUAAUUCAUUGGUCCCUUUUUCCCUUUUUCAAUCAUGAAGCAGGAAAAGAAACUCUUUGUGACCUAUUUUUUUCACCUCCAUAUAUCAAUACGAUUCAAACAUCAUGUCCAUGGAUUCUGAGGUAUCUAACUGUUGCAGUUAUUACAUUACGAUCACGAUCACGUAAUGCAAUGUCUUAUCAACGUCGUAUAAAAGAAUUAGUGAGAGUCAUUGAUCAGGAAUUAUAUGAAUAUACAGAUCCCAUUACCGAUUUCAUUAGUGCUUUAUAUAUUCAAUUUGAUUUUGAUGCAGCACAGGAUAAUCUUAAAAAAGCAGAAAAAAUAAUAAAAAAUGAUUUCUUUUUGGUAGCAACAUAUUCAGAUUUUAUCAACUCUGCACAUUACCUUAUGAUAGAAGCCUAUUGCAAAAUUUACCAACGUAUCAAUAUUGAUGAUCUUUCAAAAUCUUUAAAUCUUUCUCAUACAGAAAUAGUUAAAUUUAUUCAUGAUGAUAUUGUAGAUUUAAAUGCGAAAAUAGGAUUUGAAGAGGGAAUUAUUACAAUGAAUCAUCCUUCUCUUCAAAUAUAUCAGAAAAUUAUUGAACGCAUAAAAGGCAUAACUUUUCGGACCCAAGUUUUAACACAAACUAUUAUUCGUCGGCAGCAAGGAGAUAAAAAAGGAACUAUGCAUGAAAUUGUAACAUAAUUUAAAAUCUAUGACCCAAUACAUAUAUUACAAAUAAAUAAUAUUA